UCUGUCUUCUUGAGAGUAGAGAGAGUCCAAAGCAUCACUAUCGUGCUUCUUUCGGCAACCGUGUCUGAGACAGUGAGACUCCGCGGAAGACUGAGGGGGAAAUAGAUAGAGCGAGAGACAUGGAGAGCAGCGAGGAAGACGACGAGUACCCAUUUAUCGAAAGCAUCACUCCUCAGUCAAAGAUCGAUUCCGUUCACCAGUCUCUCACCGAAAAGGGAAUUAGAAAGCUUUGCUGUGAGCUUAUGGAUUUAAAGGACGCUGUGGAAAAUAUGUGCGGUGAUAUGCGUACCAAGUACCUUGCUUUCUUAAGAAUAUCUGAAGAAGCGGUGGAGAUGGAGCACGAGUUGGUUGAGCUACGGAAACAUAUUUCUUCUCAGGGGAUUCUUGUGCAGGAUCUGAUGGCUGGAGUUUGCCGUGAGAUGGAUGAUUGGAAUCGAUCACCUGGUGAUGUACAUGACGCUGAAGUCGAAGAGGACCCCUUGCCUAAUGAAGAGGAUCUUGAGUGUUUGGUAAUAUCUGAAGAAGCGGUGGAGAUGGAGCACGAGUUGGUUGAGCUACGGAAACAUAUUUCUUCUCAGGGGAUUCUUGUGCAGGAUCUGAUGGCUGGAGUUUGCCGUGAGAUGGAUGAUUGGAAUCGAUCACCUGGUGAUGUACAUGACGCUGAAGUCGAAGAGGACCCCUUGCCUAAUGAAGUAACUGAUCCAAAGUCUGAGUUUCUGGAGAAAAUUGACCUUCUUUUGGCUGAACAUAAAGUGGAUGAAGCACUGGAGGUGAUGGAUGCUGAGGAAAGAAGUUGUCCAGAUCUUAAAGGAUCAGUCGAGAUGUCUUCUUACAAGUCUGCGUUUAUGGAAAGAAAGGCGGUUCUUGAGGAUCAGCUCCUUAGGAUAGCUAAACAACCUUCGAUUUGUGUAGCUGAAUUGAAGCAUGCAUUGGUUGGGUUGAUCAGAAUUGGAAAAGGACCUUCAGCUCACCAAUUGCUUCUAAAGUUUUACGCCACAAGCCUCCGCAGGAGAAUUGAGGCCUUUCUUCCUUCAUGUUCCACUUGCCCAAACACUUUCCCCGCCACUCUUUCGAAGCUUGUUUUCUCUAACAUCUCAGUGGCUGCAAAAGAAUCAGCAGCGAUGUUUGGUGAUGAUGAUAAUCCCGCAUAUUCCAACAAAGUUGUUCAAUGGGCAGAGAGGGAAGUUGAAUAUUUGGUGCGGUUGGUUAAAGAAAACGCUUCUCCUUCUGAAACAUCUUCUGCAUUGCGUGCAGCCAGUAUAUGUCUUCAAGAUUGUGUUAACUAUUGCAAAGUGUUGGAACCACAAGGCUUAUUUUUGUCUAAGCUAUUUUUGGUGCUGUUCCGGCCUUAUGUUGAAGAAGUGUUGGAGUUGAAUUUUAGACGGGCUCGAAGGGUUAUCUUUGACUUGACUGAAACUGAUGAGGGCUUGGAAUCAUCCUCUGACUUUGUGAUAAUAUUAUCUGAAUUCGCUAUCGCUUCAGAUACUAUGAUGACUGAUUGUAGCAUUCGAUUCAUGCUAAUUGUGCAAGACAUACUUGAGCAGUUAACACACCUAGUUGUGUUACACUUUGGUGAGAGUGUGUUAACGAGGAUACUGCAACUAUAUGAUAAAUACAUCGACUUUCUGAUCAAAGCCUUGCCUGGCCAUUCAGAUGAGGAUGGUCUCCCUGAGCUCCAAGAUCAUACCGUACUCGCUAGAGCUGAGACAGAUUCUGAGCAGCUUGCUCUUCUUGGAGCGGCGUUUACAAUACUUGACGAACUUUUACCAAGAUCACUUGUUAAAGUCUGGAAACUCCAGAUUGAAAAUGGCGGAGGAGAAGGUGAGAGUAGUGCUGCUCUAAACAGUAGCGCUGCACCGGAACUGAAAGAAUGGAAACGCCACAUGGUUCAAGCAUUUGACAAACUCAGAAACUACUUCUGUCUACAGUUUGUCUUGAGCUUCAUCUACUCUAGGGAAGGACUAACGCGACUAGACGCACUCAUUUAUUUAACCGAAACACCAGAUGACUUGCAUCUGCCGUCUUUACCAUUUCAGGCAUUGUUUUCUAAGCUACAACAGUUGGCCAUAAUUGCAGGGGAUGUUCUGCUUGGUAAAGAGAAGCUUCAAAAGAUUCUACUAGCGAGAUUAACUGAGACUGUUAUAAUCUGGCUAUCAAACGAGCAGGAGUUUUGGAGUGCAUUCGAGGACGAGUCAAAUCCACUUCAGCCAUCUGGGUUGCAACAGUUGAUCCUCGACAUGAACUUCACAGUGGAGAUAGCCCGGUUCGCAGGUUAUCCAUUUAAAGUAGUUCAGAACCAUGCAUCAGUAGUGAUCAACCGAGCCAUCAAUAUAUUCUCCGAAAGAGGCAUCAACCCACAAAGCUCACUCCCGAAGACAGAGUGGUUCACAGAAGCCGCGAAGUCAGCUAUCAACAGGCUACUCAUGGGGUCUGAGGAUGCUUCAGAACCGGAAGAGUAUGAGUGUGAAGAAGAAGAAGAAGACGAUGAUCACAUCGUGCUCCCUGAGAUGGAUGAAGACUCAGAUUCGGAAGAUACAUCUUCACUUUCGACAGUGGAGUCGUUCGAGUCAUUUGCUUCUGCAAGCAUGGCUGACCUUGAGAGUCCCUCUUUCACCGAUUCAGAGUCUUGACCACUUUGUUUGUAGUUGGUAUAUUGUAGUCAGUCAGUCAGUCUCUCAAAACUCUCAAGUUAACAACAUACAGUAUAAAUAUAUAUAUAUAUA